AUGGCUACUGAAAACCCAAUGAGAAUAGUGGAUACCGGGGGAGCUGGAAAGUGGGCCCCACCAAGGGGCACAACUGAUUUCGCCACGUCAGCAUCGACUAGUGUGGUGACCGACGAGCUGGGCUCGCUGCUUAGAGGAGCGCAUAACACUAGCAGAGAUCAAAGCGGAAUAAUUGCUCCGAAUCGAAGUGGAAGCGCACCCCCGAGCAUGGAGGGCUCGUUUGCCACUUUUGGCAAUCAUUGGAGAUUACCAUCAACCGAUAGUCAUGGUGGUGGGUUUGUGUACUUGACCAGAGGUUCUCUUUCGACUCAUGAAGAAGAGUCUGAAGAUGAUAGAUCAUCGCAUGAAGGAGCUUCUUCAGGUAAUAGGAAAAAGAGUGACGUCAUCAUGCACAGGCAAAAUACAACGUUGUUUGAAGGCCGUCACAAAAGUCUGGUUGAUCUUAUACAGGCGGAUUUUCCUCGAACCCCAUCACCAGUUUUUAGUCAGAAUCAAUCCUCAACAAGCCAUGUCGAAGAACAACUUCACCACGAUAUUCAAAGCUUGUCGUUAGAUUCACAGCCCGAAAAAGUUUCAAAGCAACCUGAACUAGGUGAUGCAUAUGAUCCUUCAAAAAACCAAAGAAGGUCUCCUUCGCCACAGAAGGAUGAAUUAAACAGCAACAUUGCAUAUUUUGCUAAUGAUUAUAAUGUGAGUGGCGAUGAUUCUUCAAAAUAUCUUCGUAGAGUGGUUGAUUAUCAUGAGAAAAAUGAUUCAGGAUUUGACGAGCUGAAUGAAGUAAGUCAUGCUAACAACUCCUCGAUCGAGAUGCAGCCUCUUCUUCCUUCUCCCGGGCCCUUACCUCCCAUUUACGCAACAACUGCAGCUUACAUGGCUCCUGCAAAUUCGAUUUACGCGAAUUUCAGCUCGUCUGGUUUAUACCCACAGUAUAGUGGAUAUGCUAUGGGCUCCUCGUUUAUUCCUCCAUAUCUAGCCGGAUAUCCGCCUCAUACGGGUUUCCCUAUGCUGUUUAAUGCUAAUUCAGGGCAAAGUUUUAGCAGUCAAAUUGCUUCUGUUCCUAAUAGGGAAAGCAUCCCGAAAGGAUCUUCUGUGCAGAACUUGUACAGAUUCUAUAGCCAACACGGACUAACCGUGCACCCGAAUUUUCCAUAUUUUCAACAAGCUGUGCAAGAUCCAUAUGGCUUCCCCAUGCAAUAUAGCAACGUACCGUCACCUAGUAGUGUGAUUAGUAACCAAGUUGAUUCUUUUCCUUUGCAAGAUAGCCAAUCAAUACCCACUGCUUACACGACCGACCAGAAAUUCCAGUUAUCUCCGAGCAGUAAAAUGGGAUUUGUGCCCCAGUUUCAAGCAUCACCUCUUGGCAGCCCGGUUUUUCAAGAAUCUCCAGUUCGAGGAGAUAGUUUUGGAAGAAGAAGGUACGAUUUUGGGUUUUCUCAGAGUUCCCCCAGAAAUUCUGGCGGUUAUUAUUCGAAGUGGAAAGGAGGGCAAAUGGGUUCGGAUGGCGUUAAUGAAAACAGAAAGCAUUCGUUUCUUGAAGAACUGAAAACAAACAGUGGUAGAAGAAUUGAGCUCUCUGAUAUUGUCGGUCGUAUUGUUGAGUUCAGUGUCGAUCAACAUGGGAGCCGGUUCAUACAACAGAAGUUGGAGACUUGUAGUGUUGAGGAAAAAGAGUCGGUUUUUAGGGAAAUUAUUCCGCAUUGUUCGAAAUUGAUAACAGAUGUUUUUGGCAACUAUGUUAUUCAAAAGUUCUUUGAAUAUGGGACUUAUGAGCAAAGGAAGGAGCUUGCAAGUCAACUAUCAGGAAAAAUGCUAACUUUAAGUCUACAAAUGUAUGGUUGCCGUGUUAUACAGAAGGCUCUGGAGGUUAUUGAAGUUGAACAGAGGACCGAACUUGUAAGAGAACUCGAUGAGCAAGUGAUGAGAUGCGUUCGAGAUCAAAAUGGCAAUCACGUCAUACAAAAAUGUAUUGAGUGUGUUCCCACUGAGAAAAUUGAUUUCAUGAUCUCUGCCUUUAAAGGUCAAGUGGCUGGACUGUCUACACAUCCUUAUGGCUGUCGAGUCAUUCAGAGAAUUUUAGAGUAUUGUUCAGAUGACUCACGAUGUCGAUCAAUAGUGGAUGAAAUACUUGAACGUGUAUAUGAUUUGGCUCAUGAUCAGUAUGGAAACUAUGUUAUCCAGCACGUUCUAGAGAGAGGGAAACCAUCCGAGCGGAGACAGAUUAUAGAACGAUUUUCUGGGAAUAUCGUGCGGAUGAGUCAGCAUAAGUACGCAUCAAAUGUUGUUGAAAAAUGUCUGGAAUUUGGUGAUGCUGCCGAACGAGAACUCUUGAUCGAGGAGAUUCUCAUGCAGUCCGAGGAUAAUGACAAUCUACUCGGAAUGAUGAAGGACCAGUUUGCAAAUUAUGUGGUCCAGAAAAUUCUUGAUAUUAGCAAUGAGGACCAGAGAGAAAGGCUGCUCGGUAGAAUCCAGCUUCAUAUCGUUGCCUUAAGGAAAUACACGUACGGAAAACACAUUGUUGCUCGAUUUGAACAGCUAACUUCUGGCCAAGAUGAUUAUGAAGCUUCUGAGGCUUUCUGUGGCGACUGA